CCCUCUAGCAUCGUAGUAUGCACGGCAGUGCGCGCGUCGUGUGCCAGCAAACGUCGGUCGUCGUCGCUGACGGGAAUGUCAAGAAAUUGCGUUGUACGAAAAGUGUGCAAAUUCCCUCGGGAACCUCGGGAACCUUGCGGAGGUAAGAGGAGGAAAGCGGGGGGAGAAGGGGUGGCGCGUUAGGCAGAGUGUGUUAUAUGCCGGUACACGCGGGUGGGGCUGUGUGCGAUGAUCACACAGAAUGAUGCUGUCGAUGUGUUGGUGAUGAAAUGGGACGGUUCUUCGUGUGUGUGCUUGUGUGUCUGUAUGCGCGUUCGUUAUCCGUGUUGGACCCGGGCUUGGAGUAGGGAUUGGAUGUUGUUUGUUUUGUUCCCGCACUCAACCAUCGUCAGCCGAAUGGAGCAGAAGCGCCGUGGCCCUAGUAGCAGCAGCAGCAGCAGAAGGUUGUCGCUCGCCUGCCGGGUUCACCUGUGCGCGGUUGCUGUGUGGUGUUGGCUGGUGCUGCUGAGUGAACACGCCAAUUAGUCGACCGACGUACGCCGGACGUGCGUGGCUACACUGGAACCAAACAUUAGCUCUCAAGCGAUUAACCGUGUGUGUGUGUGUGAAGUGUAUUUUUACUUUUUUUCUGUGCUUUGUUAAAUUAAAAAAUGCUUCGUGUGUGACGUUAUUUCGAGCUGUAUUAUCAAUGAAACUCCCCUAUCGCUGCCUACAUGUGUGUGUGUGUGUGUUGUGCCAGUGUGCUUUAAAUGGAGAAAAAUGCGCUCUAAAAACAGGUGAAUUUAAACAAAACAAAAAUUUGGUGCAAAGAAGUGCAAAAUACUCAAAAUACCCAUUAGAAUGCUGUGAAAUGUGGUGUAGCGUGGUGUGAUAGUGUUAUAAAACUGCACCUCUUCCCAUGUAACGAUGCCGUGUGAGUUUCGAUGUGCAACAAAAGAAAGGAACACAAUUCCAUCGCUCGAUUGAAAUCGAAAGCCAACAGCAGUGAGGCAGUGCACAUAGGUAAAGGACGGUUUCGAUCGAUUUCAUAUCACCUGAUCCCGGUGCUUCACACGGUGUGCGAGAGGAUGCACAAAAAUGCACCACCACACCGACGACCGACUGCACUUCUCGCUGGUUCAGCUACACAUUGGAAAAAGGGAAAGCUCCCAGUUGCCGUUGUUGCUGCUCGCUCUGGCGUUACUGAUGGGCAUAGAGCGACGAGUGUGAGCGAGAGUGAUUGUACAAAAACACAACCGAACGAGCAGAGACAGGAUGGAGGCGAAUAAAUUUCGCUAACAUCAUACAAUCAUUUUGGCACUCUUCCCGCGGCGCUAAAGGUGAAAAUGAGCCAACGAAACAAUUGCACCACACACAAACACUUGCAAAACCCAUGUGCCAACGUUUACACGUUGGUUAGCACAGCGCACCACCAACACUGCGAACACGGGCAAUGGGGACGCAAAAAGUGGCAAGCAUUGAAAACAAAAAAAAACAUCCAUAGAAGUAGGCCACCGCGAAGAAGUCCGACAUAAAGCGAAUACCAUCCGGACAGUGCUCGCUGAGGGAGAGCGUCCGACCUCCGAAAGGCGAAUCGCCCCUGGAGAGAUAGAGAGAGACAGUAUGUGGUAAUAAUACACACAGACACACAUACUGGGGAGCAAAUUGCAAAUACCUUGAACUUGUAACGGAAGCGACCGAUCAAUGGUGCACCCUGAAGAGAUGGCAGCACCAGUGGAGCGGAGCUCUGCCCAGUGAACAUCGCCCCAAACACUGACAUCUCACGCUACCCCUAGGGAUGAAAGCGAAAGACAUUCGCGAAAGCAUAACCCUGUACGCGUUCCGUGCGAGGGAGCGAGCGAGUCGGCUGGUUUCGCACAGAUGGCGGGAUUUCUGGGUGCCUAAGCGCAAGAAGAGACCACAAGACGAACGGCUGGGGCAGUAACAGCUGCUACACUCUGCCCGAUCCACCCCAUCCAACCGACACCCGUCGCAUAUAAGGGGGUUGAAACAAAAAAGAAAAGAAAUAGGGGGGAAACCAGAUAAGGGGCCACAGUUGUUAAACUUGAACUUGAACGUGAAAAAGGCCCCGCUCGGUUGGCAUGACACCAACAUGCGCACAGCACACAGCGACCCGAUAGCAGCCAAUCGAUGUGUACGGCUGCGAUGGUAUUGGUGUGCGGGCGGCUCCAUUUCCACUGAGCAGCUCGCGGCGAUCGCCAUUCCCAUCCCCGCGUAGUGCUCUCCACGAUCUCGCUGACACACAACGCAGGUCGGAUAUGGCGGCUCACGCACACCAGAGCAUUCUCCAUCACUUGUCUCCACGAAACCGACACGAACGAACAUGGCACCCCUGCCCCCGGGUGCGAAGCGUACGAUUGGUACGUGAGGGGAUGAUUCAUUUCGCCGCGGUUCUUCGCCCCCUUCGUCCAUGCAACGUUGCUGGCCACCGUGAGUGCCCGUCCGGUUACAUCACACACCGUUGAAUGGUGCUGGAAAUGGAAUAUAGCUUCGAACUUUUUUUUUGGGGCAAAAUUCUCAACUCAACUGCUAAGAAUAGAUGGUUUUGUUGUAAUUUUAACGGAGUUGUUUUGCUUAAAGCACACUUAUCGCUUCAUUAGCCGGUCGUUGUAAAACAUUUUUAAAUCUUAAUUAACCGCUCAGAUCGGUUCCACCUACACCCGCCCUAUCGCGCGAUGGCCGUCGCUCGAAAAAUGGACCAACACAAAGCCGCUGUGCCAAUUAAGAACUGUGCACGUGUAACGGCCGGGCGUGAAACGUGACUCGUGAGUCACACGGCAACAUCGGCUACCCAGUACUAAUGGCACCCGUGCAUUGGCGUCAUGUGGGAAGCGAUUGCGCAAAACGUGAGUGCACAUUCGCUCCCUUCCGACGGCCCAUUUCCCGGCCGUCCUGCUCCCUUGGUCUUGGUGCCUAUCAGCGCAACAGAGAGAACAACACCAAAAAGGGCAGGAUUCGUCUUCAUUCCGGUUUCAUCACAAAGGGCCGCUCGUCGCGCGGGCGGUUACGAAACGCAAGCUUUUGAUAUUCAAUAUGCAAAACCGCGGCCCCGGAGAUCAUUCCAAUGGAUGGAGCAAGUGUGUGGUUGCGCCUUUGUAACCAACCUGCCUGGGGCAGUCUUUUCAUUAUUGGUUUUUUUUUUGUUAAAUAAUUUAUUGACCUAUAUUUCAAGCUUCAUUUAAGGAGAAAUUUUAACUUUAUUUCUUGUCUCAUUUCGCAUCAUCUCAAUAGUAUUUAUCACUUAAUAUUUAUUUUUAGGUUCACCCAUGUUCUGUUUAGGUUUGGUGCCCUACCGAACGACAACUGCAAUAACGUCUCUGCCGCUGGGAUACUCCUUGUGCUCGCUGUGCAUAUCGACUCAAACUAGUGAACACAUCUGGUGGUAUCUCAGUGGCCGGGAUGAGAUCCAACACUGCAGCGCGAAAUGCAUGAAACGAGCGGCGGGCAGUGUAUGCACCCAUUUUACCCCCUGCGCUCUACACACCUCUACCGGGUUAGCUAACCGAACGCUGAAUGCGUUCCUCUUCAGUUCUGCGCAAUGUAGUGUUUGUGUGAGAAAAUGAGUGCCCAACGAGCGGGACUCGCAAACACUACAAAAGCUUUGUGAGAAAAGCUUCAUCAGCCAGGGGUGGUAUGAACUGGCUCACCGCGGCUGCUUUCAACCUUGUCGACCGUUGUUGGUGUGAGCCAACGGUGGUGCAACGUUGCAUACAAUUUUAAGCUUAUUGGAUCUAUUGGAUUUUUAUUGGCUUACUGGAUUUCAGCUUAUUAGAUUGGAGUGAUUGUUAUCAAUAAAAAAAACCAUUAACCAUUAGAUUCGUUUGAAAAGUAGCUCAAAUUUGAGCAAUUGAACAAUCAGCCCAGAAGUAUGCAACCCGCAUGACAAGACGCUCAACUUGAUUUGCUUCUCGGCGCGGUGAGUAAUUGAGGUUUGAAUGCGCCGAAUGGAAACAUCAUUUGAAAUAAUAAGAGUAAAUUUGAUUACUUUUUCAUGGAUUUCUCUACUUUUAGUAAUAUCAUUAAAAUAUUGGUUACAUUGAAUGAUUAUUGCACAGCUCUCAUUCCCAACCCAGCCUAACUUAGCUAGAGUUGGCGUUUGACGUAACGAUAACUCGUGCAGCAUGCUCAACGAAACUUGAGCAUGGAUCAUCAACAACAGAACACGGCAACACCUUUGAGGAAAGGUUAACACGCUAGGGAUGCAGGCUCACAAUCUAGGCAAAUGCAACUGGCAGCAGGCAGCAAAUCACAUACGUGGUGAUGAAUAAUUAAUUUAACUACACCGCCAGCCCUUCUCCGCCUCCCCAUCAAGCCCAAACUGCUCAUCCUCAAUGAAACACCCAAAACGCGACUAACAAACCAGGCGUCGCUCUUGGCAAGUGCAAUUAUUUUAUGUAAUUACAGUUUAUUUUUAUCAACGCAAACACACCACCCUUGCGUAUGCGCGGCCAGUGGUAGAAACGGUGAUCGGUGAUGUAUCUGCAGCGAUGGUCCUUACGGCUUUGCAACUGUUGUGGGAUGUGGGGGAGACUUGCUUGAAAACCCGGUCAAAAUAACCCCAACCCGAUGAGCAACGAGGGCAGCGCGGGGCAGAGCGCGCAAAGGAUUUAAUGCAUUAGACGCAAGUGGUUUGCACGUUGCAGUGGAUGCAGCGCGAGUGAAUGCGCACGCGGACCAGCGGGCACGUAAAUGGCAUGUUUGUGCCAAAUGUUCAUCGUGACACUUUCGACCUAUCACCGAUGCCGAGGACGAUCUUAUUUUCGUAUCCGAUGCACCACCACAUACUUACCCACGGUUGCCGUGCCCGUUUCCCCCCGCUCUGGGCGUGCCAGGAUGUUUUCGGACGCCGACGAAAGGUCUCACUGGUUUAAUGGCUACACUUGGCGUGAUCGCUUAUGUGGUGUUCUGCCGGUGGAUAUAAAUAUUGAAAUAUCGAUAAUUAUUACUCACCGGAAUUGAAGGGGACAUUUUGAUGCUACAAAGUAAUUUUGAUCAGUUCACACUUCGCAUUGGUAGGUACGUGUGGGGUUUAAAAGCUUCCAAACGCAAAGUUAGACAAGUUACAUUGAACCCCCCUGCCUUGGUAGUAUUAAGUAGGCUACCCUGAUUACCAUAUUUCUAGGUUGAGAUGAAGACAUUCAUCUAUCGUCGUACAAGCAAGGAUGAGAGGGAUAGCAGCAAAGCAGCAGUUCGAACUAUCAUUGAGGAAAGGAGAGUAUGCCUAAAAAUAUCAACCAUGAGUGAGGAGGGUGCUUAGUAAAAUUAGUAACGUUUAGGCAUGAUAUUCUUCCCUAUGCACCAAUGUAGAACCGUUAGGCGAUCCGUCUUUACUAAAUUUGGUUGCCUAUUUGGGCAACUUUCCAACGUUCACAGGAUCCAAAGUGUCGUACCAAAUCGUACCAAAUAAUUCGCCAAUUUCUAGUAACACACAAAACCUACCGUUUCGAUGCAUUGCAAUGCACUUUUCGGUUAAGUGUUCGCUAACGGAAAUUAUUCACUCUAUCCCCCCCCCCCUGUACAUCGCGAUCGACAACCGCGCAAACGAUCGUCGCUUUCUCCCGCCCGUUUGCACAGCUCCAAUUUAUGGACCGUGGACGCACGCUGCACUACUAAGCAAAACGGUUUCGCUACUCGCACCACCCUGCAGCGCCGAUUAGUAGUGUGCACGCUUUGCUACUUCGGAGCGAUUUUCUCUAUGCACCAGAUAAAGUGCAUCGAACGGCGGCGGGACCACUAACCAUGGCAGCGGUUGGUGGGCGGGUGGUAGAUGUUUUGCAGUACGAUGAUUUAUGCACUAUCGAAGGGUAGUUUUAGUAGCCUUGCUGGUGUUUUUUUUGUUUGUUCAGCGAGCAACAAGCAUACCUUCAGAAGUGUUGUCUUACGAAAGAAGUUGUGUGUUUCGAUACACGGGAAACCGUGUAUAUCGAUGCACACACGGCCGUCGGUUAGUGACUGUACUACCUCCUUCGCACUCCACAAACCACAUCGUUGCAUUCCGACAGAUGUUUUGUUUCUACACUUUGCUGGCAUUCCUGCGGCGUGCGUGUAGGGCGGGGAGUUUUCGCAUUUCGAGGUAAAAAUGCGUAUUGUUUCACGGUCACAGCCAUAUGGAACGUUUGCAUCGGCGUGCCAAUGCUGCCGCCACCAGCUAACCGCCACCGAAAGGACACGCAUUUAUGACUGCUUAAGCACACCGUAGCGUGAGAUAGAAGAUGGAAAGGUUUACUGUGUUUUAUUUCUGUUUUCCCUGUAGGUAUCAGUGCCUAGAAAUGGCAGAAAGGAAAGUCAGCUUUGGCAGAUAAUUAGCAAGCAGGCAGCUAACAACGGAACAGACCGCACCAGCACAUGCAACGUCGUGCAGGGUAAGUACAUGCUCUAAUAAUUGCACACUAAAUAUGAUUCGAAAUCGAUAUGGAUUGAGGAAAGCCUUUUUUAUUUACAUUUAUCAUAUCGUGCCGUGUUUCACGGGCAGUUUUUUGAUCAGAUUGUGUUGAAAGUGUUUUAUUUUAAAAUUUUAUAUUUGAAAAUAAGUUCCAAUUGAACGUUUUUCCUAUGCCUGUUACAGCUACUGCUGUUGCUACUGCUGCUGCUACUACUACUGCUGCUGGUACUCUAAGAAGUAUAGAAGUAUUAUUAGUUCUGUUUAUUAUUUCAUGUUUUAAAGCAAAAAUCAAACCAUUAUUAAAAUUAUUUUCGAGGAGUUAACGUGACGAACAAUACAGCCGAUGUUGGUUUCAACAAAUCGAGCAAUUUAAAGAUGAUUUGUGAGAUAUUUCAAUCCCAUUUACUACAUGAUUGGAACGUGCCUGUUAUUUCAAAAGAAAACUAUCGCUGAAAUCCGACCCUAAACGUAGCUCUAUAAGCAUUUUGCAAACGUACUACAACCGAUCAGAUACGAUCAGAUUGAUUCAGCAUACUUCACUUUGGUGCCAUUUGUACCGCAUGCACUACGCCGGAGAAAGUGUUCCUAAUGCUAAUGCGUCCUCCGUCCUCCGCAGUGAUGACAAAAACGGGCGUGAGACUAGACAAGCGGCCGCACGGGUGCGUGUGUGUGUGGGUAUCACUUAUGCCCCCGACAAAGACAUGCCAUCAGAACACAUCUGAUUGUUUGUUCGUGUGAUGGCAUUGAACUGCUCGCUUGUAGCGGACAAAACGUGGGACGGAGACGUCGGAGAGGAAGGUCGGAAAAAGCGAGCAUUUUCCACAACGGGCCCCCUUACCUCCUGGUAUUCUCCCCAUUACCACACCUCGUCUUUUGUGUAACGAAUGUUACAAGUUUACUGCACUACUUGUGCAGUUGUGGGUGAAUUUAGCCCAUACCAUCCCACCAUCCCGCCCGGGUGUGGUUGGAAAGGCACCGAUUCAGUGUAUGAUGUCUGGUGCACUUGCGGGAAUUUUCCUUAAGCCCUCCCACAACCCGUUCCCUCCACCUGCUGGCUAUCGUCUUCUUGGCGGCAGGGGCAUUACGGGAGGGCGCGAAAAUAGUAAUGCGCGGUGCCGUGUUCCGUUUGAUUCACUCCAUCGCCCAUUGGAAACACGGAGUGAGCGCAUGCACUUUUUUUUUGUCGUUGUUUUUAACGGCAGGCGCAAACGCACUCACUAAGCCGGCGGUGGUGGGUGGGAGGCGGUGUUGCACUUAUUGGGUGCAACGCAAACCUUGCUGAUAGUGGGAAGGGCGGGAGCGGUAAGGGUGCAAAAAUAGUAACUGUGAAAGUAUGGUGUGGAAAAUGGCGCCCCCCCCCCCCCAAGCUUAAAGCGCGCGCGAUUGUUUUGAACCGUUCUAUACAUACCAACCAACCAACCUGUACCGUUUUUUUUCUUUCACCGUUUUUCACUGUAAAUGGCGGGGAGAAGGUGAAGGGGAGUAUUCGAAAGGCUAAUCAAGCCUAGCCGAACAUAGAAGAAAUGGUGUAAAGAUUUUUAAUAUAAUAUAGUUGUGUGAAGAUCUUUUUCAUUUCCUUUAUAAUAUCUGAGAAAUUAGAGGAUCACAAUUCCAGAUUUGAACCCAUGACAUGGGUACUUGGGGUUAAACCGUGCAUACGACUACGCGAUUAGACCAUGGAGCGAGUCUCCACUGAAGGUAUCCAAUUAAAACCAGUAUCAUGUUACGCCAGGACGAAACACUUUAGACAACAUUGUACUAAACAAUGAAUAAGAUUAAAAUAAGAUGUCAAGACUGAUGAAUAUUUCGAUCUUUCGUCUUUAUUGAACACAAUCUUUGAUUACCAUACAUUCCAAAAUUCAAGUAUAAAAGAAGAGAUACCCAUGAUCGAUCUGCAGUUACAGCUCUGUACAGUUUAUGCGUGCACUGUAUCUUUAGUGCAUUAUUACAAUUCGCGCUUCUUUCCAUUUGUAGGCUACCAAUUGUUACCUAAUUGAACUCCAUCAAAACGGAUUAAUCAAAGGAAAACUUAUAGCACACCCAAACAAGCGAACUUUUGUCCACAGUGCAUCAUCAUUUCCAAACUUGAUCGACGCAGAUGAUGUCCCCCCGCUUGAGUUGCGUAAAAAUGCAGCACAACACACAGACCCUUCCGAUUUGCUCCCUAGAGUGUGUGUGUGUGUGUGUUCUGUAUUUGGUUUUUCGCCGCUCGUGAGCCGUGCACAUUAGAUCAUCAGUUCUUGGUCGCGAUCGCCGUUCUUGCUCUGGCGACAGUGUUGUUUGCAGCGACCGAACGCACCACCAAACGGUACCCUUCCCGUAAGGUGGGUGUGCGCAGACGUGGGAAUGCAGGUGCUCUAAAAACCUCAAACUCAAACCCCUCCAUUGCAUUGAGGAUUGGUUGACGAGACGAGGGACGAGGGGUAGGUAUUUAGGAAAAGGAAAACAAAACAGAACGGGAACAGAGCACAGAAACGGGAUGCAAGACGCAAGAACAGGUUGCAGGGGUUUGGGACUGUGCAACUAUCUGUCAUGCACUAAUCCAUUCUUCACUCCACAACAUAGAAUGCAACAGCCACGUUACGCACCAACCCGUGGUGUAUGUAACUGGGGUGUGUUUGUGUGUGUAACUUUUGCAGCUAGCGGAUUACACCAAAAAAAAAAAAACGGAACAUUACCGAAGCUGGGAGGUGGAAGUAGCGAAACAAAAGCCUACCGAUCGAAAAGCUCCGCAAACUGAAGUGAGAGAGAGAGAGAGGGAGAGCUCUGGGAGCUCUGAUACUGUUACGUUUCUAACUGCGCACCGGGAGGCAAAACAAAGGCAACAAGCGGUAACACAACGGGCAACUGGCAAAGGUGCAAAUGAGCGGGAUUGGGUAAAAUAUGUUAAUAAUUGCAUUUAAACAACUCUCUGCUUUCCACUGCUUUACUCCCCUGCCCUCCGUAGCUGGAAGCUAUUCUACCGAAAUUAAUGUUCCAGUUACACCGGGACAAGCCAUGGGGGCCGACGUGUCUGGAGUGGGUGUGGGGGAGAUUGUUGCGAGAAACAGGGGAGUCAGAUUUACGUUCGGGCAUAUUUUGCGGGAUAUCAUCAGCUUGACUAAUGAACCGUUGGAGCUACUGGAUCUCACCGUACCGUUCCGUACAAUUAUGCUUCAUUAGUGCGCUAUCCGCGUACGGACGGUUGCAAUCUUGCACAGAUGAUCUAUUCUGUUGUUUUAUCACUGAGGGACUUAAUUUUUUGGUCAUGAUCGAUCUGUUUCUGUAUGGAAUUUGCAUUCGACACGGAUCAGAGGAUCGUUUUUUCAUGCAAUAGAGCCGUCGUUAGAACUAGAAGAUUGGUUCGAUCAUUCGCUAACUCUCUCUCUCUCUCCUUCACUCUCUCCCUCUCUCUCUCUCUAUCACACUAUCUCUGCUCUCAGGAGCAUCCAGACAGUGCAUUCCGUUGCGUCUGUGCAAUGUCAAAGCCAAGGGAUGUUUUGAUUUGUACGGAUGCAGUUUAAUGAACACAAUUGCCACAAAUGCGCCUCAGCUGUAUAGAGCAAAUGCGUCUUGUCAUGUUUUUUUUUCACCCCCUUGAGAAAGUCUAAUCGACAGCAAUUGUUAUUAUACCGUCCCAAACCGUGCUCGAUUGGUAGUGUUAUGAUUUUCAGAAUCCUUAGUCCCCCAUUUUCAUUUCAAAUCCCCACCGUACGUGCUAGAAUGUGCAAGCCCCUACCAGAUGUCGUGAGCACAAACCGCCAUACCGAACCAUCGUACGGGGUUUGAUCUAUUUAAUAUUCCACCGCCGAAAGUGCUGCCCAGCGAAGCGUUACGAAUUGUGUCGGAAAAUCGAACAGUGAAAAUUCCGAACGCCCUCGUGUUUGGCACCGCGCACUAUGCGCACAUCACACUGCAUGCACAACAGCAGCAAUUUCCGAACGAUUGGCUGGGCGGUAUGCAAAAAAACAAGAAGAAGAAUAAGAAAAAGAAGAAGAAAACACACACAGUCCAAAGGCACACCAUUUUCCCUACGGCCAACACAACACUUGGCCAGUCCACACUCGCGCCACACACCGCGCCUUUUGUGGCGUGAAACGAAAAGGCAUAAAGUGAUCGGGCCCCCCGAUUUGUUUUUCCCCCCUCUAGGCCAAAUUCUCGCAAAAGAAAAUUCGUUCGGCUCUCUUGGUUUUUUUUUUUUUUUUGUUGCGAAGCAUGGGGAAGGAAGGCGGGAGGAAAACUGCACUCGCAAACCAUGGUGCAAUGGUGACACGGCAAAUCGGCAAAACCAAAUCACACUCACCAUUUCUGUCCGUUUUCCCGCCUUUCGAUGGCUUUCACUCGGGCAGGAGAGGGAUGACGGCAGAGUGGAUUGAAAGGAGGGGAGUGGAAGGGUUCUGUACUCACAGCAGUACGGGCAUUCGGGCCACAGCACUUUUCACCGGUGGCCGCUGCGAGUGACGAGAGAAAACAGAGCCCCCUCGCCCUCGCAGCGCUGUCGAAAUGGGAAAACGAUGGCACGGAUGAGUGAGAGUUUCCAUGUAGGAGGGGAGGUUGGGUUGCGAGUGCGGGUAAGAAUUUUCCGUACCGAAACAGAAACCUUUCCGUACCGUAUCACCUCCCCGUACCCACACACACACAUAAUGAGUGUGUGUGUGUUUUGCAUGGUGUUUUGUAUUAUUUUUAGUCGCGUUUUAGUCGCAACGCUCGGGCAGUGUUUUCGGGCGCGUGUGGUGCGGCCUUUCUUCGGCCCAGGGCACGACAGUUGUCGCCGUCGUUGUGUCGUCGUGUGAUGCGACCACAAAGAAACCACAAAAACCCACCCAGUAUUGUGCCGUUUUUUUUUUUUUUUUUUUUGGAAAACAUUGCACCGCGCAAUAACGAUAGAAGCGAGAAGGGUUUGCGCUUGUACCGAGCCACGAUCACCAACUAGUCACGAUCACGUGAACAGAUCAGCGGCAGGGGAGAGAUUCGGCAGGCGAAAAUGUUCUGACCACCACGAAUUGAGUGACUAUCGCGCGCGCGACCAAAACCGCACACGAAAGAGAGAGAGAAAGAGAGAGAGAGUGAGCCGAUUCCAUUUCGUUCCGUUUUCGCUGUGUGUCGGUUUUGGCCGCGCGGCGCUGAGUGUGAUCGUGACGUACCUGCGGGCCCUACAAGAAUAGUGGCGAUCGGAUGGGGGGUGGGGUUAGAAGAUGGGGCGUAGCGUUGCCUUUUCGCUCGCACCACCGAGACCAUCCCCGUUAGCUUGCCCUUUCCCUGGGCGGCACCAACAUUCGCGGUACCACGAGCGUAUCAAUGGAUGGAGAUAAAUCCGUUGUUCCGCGAACAAAUAAAAAGAGCGAGAGAGAGAGAGAGAGAGAAAGAGAGAGAGAGAGAGAGAGAAAGAGAGAGAAGGGCACAGCUUACCCGCGCGCGCGUGUGUGUGAGUGUCCGCCGAGUACGAAAUGCAAAGAGAAAGAGAGAGAGAGAGAACUGUGGCGGUGGCUAUUUAGUACGCAUGUAUGCGCGCACUUGAAAGCUAUUUACCCGUUAGUGCGCGGCCAGGCCAUUUCAGUGCUUUUCCACUUGGCACCCCGGCAAGGUGUGUGCAAGCAAGGCCCGUACGCCCGUGCUCUCCCCACACCGGACGUAAAGCUGUGCGCCCCUCCCCCUCUUCUCGAUUGCAUUCGCCCGCCAGCGCUCCCACCCCGCACGCACGUUCGACUGCGCGCACACAGACACACGGACACACACACACAUGCAAACAUCAACGAAAUACGCGGGGCAAGAAGCGGGCGCAAGGCACCUGUAGAGUGCGCUCGGAGCGGUUGGGGCUCAGCUGUUGUGUGCGCGCGUUUCCAUCCGUCAGUUGGCCGCGAUCUCUGCUGGGAUGCGGCCGCCUAUCCGGUUGCCAGCGCUCUUCACCAGACCACCGGGAGUGCCCGUCCGGCAGCGCAACAGUGGCGGUGGUGCACCGGGGUUGGACCGACACUUCGCACCCUGACCUGGGCCAACGUUGGUUUGGAUGUUUGGAGUUUGGAUCGAGCCAGCCUUUGCCCACUGUGCGGCGAGACGGCAAGCUUGCGCGACACGUGGUCGCAUCCAAAACGGGCCCGGUCGCUGCGGGCUGCCGGAACAACCCCCUCAGUUCGGCGAGCGGAACUUCAAUUUACAACGGAAACGAUCGACGAGAUGCUGCUGCUACUGCUGCUGCUGCAUCCCCCCGGAGUGCAAUUUGCGAGAACCGUAUCUAUUCCACCGCCACCGCAUAGAGACGUAGUGCAAGUGUGUUUAUGUGUGUGUGUGCGCGCUCCUGUGCAAUUUGCGUGUGUGACAAGGGACAGCCGCGAGAAACAAUUCCACAAAAAAACAAAAAACGGAAACCUUACCGCAAUUUCACAACCGAGCCGAGUUGUUGAUGUCACUAUGACGGCACUAUGGGAUUUUUUGUUGUUUUGUUCGUACGUCUUUACGAUCAAAAUGCCCACAGUGUGUGUGCGUGUGUGUGUACGAUUUGGGUGUGCGUGUGGGAGAGCUAGUGUUUUGUAAUGCUAGAAAGCAGCUCUGUGAGAGUGUGUGGUCAAAAGGGGGGGGGGGGGGGGUAUUGGACAAUGUUUCAUCUUCCCGGGGGUUUCCCGUCUGGUAAAAAACGAGAAAAAAGUGGGGGGCCCCAGAUGUGACAGACAGAGUACAGCGGGAAGCGGAUAGCAGCCACUGUUGGAGCGCGUUUGCUAACCAUUGCGCUGACGUGCUGGAUGCUUCCCUUCCGCUCACAAUGCACAAUUACUCGGCAAAGGGGACUCGAAAGGGGUUUGAGACACUCAAACGCGAUAGCGUCAGAGCUUCAUACGUCAGCAGUCGUCGAUAGUUUUGGUCAGAGCAGCGAAGGGCAACACCGACGAGAAGAGGUGGUGCAUCUUAAUAUGGCUGUGUCCGGCAGGGGCGACAGCAUCAACAUAAGCAUUAGCGACACACCCCCUUGCACCCAUCCCCCAAACCUUUCCAACCCUUCUGAUCUUGAUCUUCGCGCUCAUGCGUACUAGAGCCGUCGGCAGUAGUUUCUAGUGUGACAGGCGCAUCUCUUUUCUCUGUCUGUGUGUGUGUGUGUGUUUCUAUGUGUGUUUCUGUAUAUGUGUGUGUGUGUGGCUAGCUGAUGAUAUAACACGGAUCCGCCUGUGUCGCCUGUCCACUCGGCAACGUGGACUAGAAAAAACAGAAAAAAAACACUACUUAGCCACUCUCGGCCACAGCUCCGAACCGAUGUUACAAUCGCACCGUGACCGUUUCUCUGUGUGUGGGGCUCUGUGCCUUAUCGCUUUCUCCGCCACACACUGUCACAGCCACCGAGCACCACCUUCGGGGAGAGAGGGUGGGGUUGUUUUUUUCCCUUCUCCCCCCUAAACGAUUUCGGUUGUCCGACGUGUCAACUGCUGAUUGUCGUUUUUGCUGUUGCAUCCUGCACCACUGACCUGUGUGCAUCACAUACGCGCUGCUGCUGCAUCCCCUGCAUCUGUGUGCGAUAACGGAGGUUUCAGCGAGCGAGAGAGCCUGAGAGAGAGAGGGGCUUUUUUGUUGCGCGCGUGUAACUUCUGCCGACUACCAACAUUGGAAGCGUUGGAAAGUCGGAUUGAGCUACAAAUUUUAAAAGGAAAUUCAUCAACUCGAUGGCCAAAAUGGUACAGGUGGCGCAAGGAAAGGAACGCUGACGAUAGAGGGUUGAGGCCGGGGUGGAAGGAAGGUAGGAGGAAGAAAGGAAAGAGAAAGAGGGACCCCGUGCGCCGCCCGUAGACAAUUGGCGUUCAUUUUCACUACGCGUAACUUCCCACCCCCCCCCCCCCCCCUCGACGGAAAAGAACACCCCAAGAGUAGGGAGGAGGGGAACACGGUGGAGGAGAGAAAUUAGGUCGGUGAAAAGUAUGUGCGUUUGUGCGCGCGCGUGUGUGUCGGUGUUUGUGGUGUAUUUCGGUACGGAACGAUUUGGUUUUACGGUGGUUUUAUUUUGUUCGCCGCUUUUUUUCCGAUCUCUUACGAUCGUCAGCACUGUGCUAGUGCUGUAUUUUGGGGGGAGGAGGGAUGGGGAGUUGAUGGGGACACGGGUGGGCCUGCGAGAUUCGUCAUUCGUUGCACACACCAGCGGCUCGAUCGAGGACACAGUGGAAGGUGGCCAUGUUUGACCAACCGUACCAAAGCCGCAGCCAAUAUUCCGGGUAGCGGCACACGUGAGACAUCCCCCGGAAUUCCCACCCCCCCCCCCCCCCACCCCUCCUGCAAACGUGUCAACUUUUGGAGAGGAGCUUGCUGGAGGAGAUGCUGCCACGUGCCCACUGUCCCGCUUGAUCGUAGCGGUGGUUUCUUGGCGUGUUGCAAUCGUUGGAGUCAUUCGGCCCCGCUACAAGGCUGCGCGUGUGCGUGCGUGUGCGUGCGUAUGUGUAUGUGCUCAAACAAACAGGAAACGCGCCUAGUUAGCGCUGCUACUCUAAUUAAGCUCGCGAUCCCAAGAACUUCGGUGAGAUCGCUUCGCGAAAAGGUUUUUCGGUCCGGAUUCUCUCCGGACAGGGGGGGAACGCGCGCGUGAGCCGUUGCAUAAACACGCAUACCGUGUGUGUGUGUGUUUGUACGCAUGAUUUGCUUGCUUGAAAUGUUGGCUAGCAGUUCGAGCGAAGCUACUUGUGUUUCGCUCUUCCUAGCCGACGAAUUUCUUUUCCAACCGUCGCCGAGCAAACGGGAAAAGCGAACGCUCACAGUGGUUCGCGUUACAUCAGACGCCGCCUCAAGGUUUGCGAUGGGGUGCGUUCGCGUAUUUGUGUAUGCGUGUGUGUGUCGAGUGUGGAGUCUUUUGCUAAAAUAAAGCCCCCAUCUUUCGACACACGUACUCUAAGGGAAGCGCGCGCGAGCGUGCCUCCCACCCGCCUUAGAACGUUGGCGAUGGGGGACAUAAAAACGGAAGAGUGGGCAACGCGCACGGGACGGGGGGUUGUAGGAAUGCGCGAGAGAAGACAGCACACACAAAAAAUUCCACCCUUCCGCUGGCAGCGCGCACUCGCCGGUGCAAAAAUUGUGCAAUCGCGAAUGAAGGUCAGUAUGUUGCAGUUUUGCAGUGGUGCCCUGCCGUCACCUGCCACUUACACACACUGGCAAAGCUGGGCACCUCGCACAGGGAGUGUGUACGUCGCUGCCAGCGAGAUAUGGCAUCCAUUCGGUUUAUUCUGGGCUGUGUGAGUGUGUACUAAAUAGGGUAAAACAAAACCACAACUCAACAAACAGCAGCAAAAAAAAUUGAGCUAAUAUUCAGCAUUCAGCACCGAUGACGGCAGAGGACGGUUGUACAGAGAGCUGUACAGGGUAUCACAGCGUUCUGAUAGCCGGUACUCAUUGCCGUGUGUGUGUGUGUAUGCUGGGGGACAAGCAGGGCCAUGUAUAUUGUAAGCGACCAGCCAAUAAUGUGCCCGAUCGGAAAUGCAUUGCACAAGACCUUCCAGCGUUCCAGGGCUCGCCCGCAAGGCCUCGAACUGUGCGCUCGCAAAACACGCCAAACAAAACAAAAAGUGUGUGUGUGUGUGUGUUUGAGUGCUAUUUUACCUGCACCAUUUGCUGCGAAUGUGUCCCCACUACCAGCUUCGAGGGCCGUGCCACCCUUUUCGUACUGUACGAUCGAUUUGAAAAGGGGAGGGCUUCAGAUGAGAGGGGACUGCCUAUUCCGCUCGGACCACCAUCACCAACGUGCGCCAGCAGUAUCCCACGUGUGUUAAACGAGCGCAGGGGGAUAGGGCAUGUCGAAGCGAUGUCGGAAGCCGUCAUCACGUACCACACCAUCCGAUGGGGGGGCCGUGUGGAAGGUCAACGGGAAUGGCACAACCUUGCACAAAGUCGUCCUAGAUGUCGAAAUGCAGGCUAGCGGAAAGGGCAGGGGUACCGGGUGGGAACACCUACAAACAACACGAUGACAGGCAACGACGCCACACGGCAGUGUGCGAUCGGUGGCAUGUCGUACUCCUCUGCACUCUUUUCCUACCGUUUGUGUGUCCAAAAAAAGCAGCGAUGCAACUGGGGCAGUCCGGAACACACACACAUAUUCGGACGGACGGAGUUCUUGUAUCUUGUAUUUUUUUGUUCUUCCUCUUCAAAGUGCAUAAGCGUUAUGCAAGGCGCAAGUAUUUUUGUUUUAUUUUUGCAGCCCCCGUGGACAUACAGUUCGGUUUUAUUUAGCAAUGCACGAUCCAUAUGCUGUUGAUGAGGAUUUAAGAAGAAAUAAAAGGGGAGACACGGAAUCACUUUUAAAAUCUUGGCAGUCGUCCGACCACCGCCCAGAAUAUCCUUCCUUCCGUUCGAUAGCGGCUGCUGCCGCCUUUGUUGUCCUUUUUGCGACAAUCGAGACUGUUCGUGACAUUUCGUCACCCGAAAGCCCUUCAGUCUGCUGGCAGGCGAAGGAAAGUAGAUAUAUCCGCAUCUGUGACGGAGAUGUCCAUGGCAAUACGAGCAUCUUUUGGCGCUCGCUCAUUAUGUAAAACUUGGCAAAUUCGUUAGUUGGCAGACGGUGUCAGUCCUUCGGCACGGAACGUUAGUGUGCCAAGAGCGGCCACAUCGCACUCGCCUCGAAACGGAUCUUUAAUUGCCGGCGAUCGUUUCGAAUUCAAAGCUUCUUGUUAGACGCUACAACACGUACCACGGGUCGGGUUGCGUUCCAUUUGUAUCAAACCAAAUGCUCUCAAUUUCUAGGAAUUGGUUGUCUUAUCAAAACAGGGCCUUUAUAGCACCCCAUACCGACACCCAGGGCCGCCGGACCGGCAGUUAGGCUACAAAGGUCGUCACCCAGAUUUUAUCGCGGCAUCCACCGCAAAACCGAUCAUUUACGCGGUCCAUCCAUAGCACGAACAAAUUCGCAACAAUGCAACACACUCCAAAGCCAAAAGCUAGAUAAACCAAACCGUGUGUCCGUGUGUACCUGCCUGCGUCACGAGCGAGAUAAGAUAGUUAACUCGCCCUCCCAAAAAGACCCAAAACCCCAAAACCGGACCGUACAUCCGGAUUGAUCUGACCGUGUGGCGCGAAGCCAAAGCAUCUUCAGACUCGCGGCCACUGUGCCGUCCGGUAAAAGGUUAUCAGCGGUACAUUAAAUAAUACAGUCUAUUAUGGUAGAUGUAGGGCCGAUGUGUACCGAUGGCUUUGUUUUCCAGUGCACGAGAGAGAGAGAGAGAGAGAGAGCUGUAAGCCCUUAUCGCAAAACCAUUCCUCCUGUCUGGGUGAGAGUGUCUGAGGCGGGGUAAAUACAAUGGAACAUGGACGCGUGGCGCGAUGGCAACACACAUUUUGCCGCACAUUCUAAUCAUCACCAGCUAACCGUGUGACAAGUUCACACAGACAGACUUGUCACACACACACAUCCCGGGAGAGAGUGGGGAUUUGUGUGGAACACACUCCCGUUACAUCCCCGUCUGGUCUGGGUACCGGUGUUGAAUGUAGGUGAAAUAGGCCCCCACCCCGAAGGCACCGUACGCAAAAAGCUUCCAGACACCGUUGCUUCGUUGGUUCUGCAAAGCAAAACCUCUCCAUUUCGAUUCCGAAUGCGUGAGCUCAUCAUCGGCGAAUACCGGGCUUCGGUAGAAAGUGCGCCAAAGCGGAACGCUGGGCAUUGAUUUUGGACCAUCCCCAUUUUAUGCCAGCCAGUUCGUAGUGCCGUUCGUUUGAUAAGCGACCGUGAGUCACCGCGACUGUAAAUCCCACUUCCAACCUGGCCGCCCCAAAUUUUGUCCAUUCCUUCGGGCUGCUGGUGGUUUGGGAGGUGGAAGCGGAAGCGGAUAAUUGUGGCGUAACUGUAGCUUACCGCAAGCUUUAGCGGUGGUUUCUGCAGCGCCAGCAGCACAGCACGUCAGCUGUUUCGCCUCGGUACGGUUCCGUUCCUCUUGAGGAAGGUCCAUUAUGAGCUAUUGUUUCGUCCGUGGUGAGAAAUUAGCCCGCUCCUGUGCUUGUUCUUGAGGAGCUCGCUCGGCCCCGACCGGGAAAUGGUACCGGGCGAUCGCUUGGUGCGUAAUUCAAAAACACAUAAUUAUCAUAUUAUGAUCCAUCUGGUAUUAAACCGCCGCCGUACUCUUACGUGCGUGGUGGGUUGGUUCGGUAUGUUGCCUGCUUUUCGAACGAGGUGGGUAAAAUGUGGGCUCAUCCAACUAGAAACAGCAACACUACGAUGCGGAGGUACCGCUAAUCAUAUUGCCGCUGGGGGUGCCCGGGUGAAUGCUAGCCACGCCAUGUGCGAGUGGUCUUGCGAGCGUGUAGUUUCAUGUGUGUCAGUUUGUGUGUGUGUGGUAGUGGCUUACACACUCCAAUAUAUAACCCAAUAAUAGUUCUUCGAUAACGGACCUCUGGCGGGUGGUACUAAGGCAGCCCAACAAGCGAGGAAAGAGCUGCAUCGAAGAGCGGCGCAAGUUUCAGCUAUUGCUGCUGCUUCUACUGCUGAUAACUCCAAACGGUUGCCUUUAUCGGACGAAACGCGCAAACGAACACCACCUCUUCCACUGUUCCACUCACAAAGACGUUCGGUUCGUACGACAAUGUUCCUGGCAGCGUUGCAGGUGUAGUCGUGAGCUGCUGCGUGAUGCACUUUUGUCGGGUAAGAUUACGCAUUACGACCUUGCGUUGCCAAACAAUCGAUCAAAGAUGGCGAUAAAGAUACGUUGUUGCAUUUCCAAAAAGGCAGUGCAAUGGUUUAAUUGCAGCCAGAGAUCUUCUUUGUUGUUUCCAUUCUGUCCCUCGUAAGCAGAGACGGUUUCAUCAUCAAGUUCCUCAUUUUAAAGGCCCAAUAUGAUGAUGGUAGCGCUUAAAUAAAGGUGAUAAUAGACUUUUUAUGGUGUUUGUGACGAGUUUCCUAAAGCAGUAGCACUUAGCGCUUAACGAAUAAAAGCUUGCUCAAGAAGGAUCAACCUAGCCCGAUCCAGCAACCAGUCGACAAAGCGAAGCGUUCGGUUUUGCGUCUUGUUUUUAUUGCAACAACUUUUUGUGGCCACUACUACCUGGAAGACAGAAGAUCACUUUAAAGAUGCGAAUGCACAUAGCUAGCAUCAGUUGGAGUUUCUUAGAUAAAUUUAAUAGUUUGUGUACUAUUGUACUAUUUUAGUAUUUUGUUUUUACUAUUAUGCACUUCCGCUGCAACGUCUCUCGGUUGCAUAAUGCGCAAUGCAGUGCAAACCACUUGACACGGAGCACAGAGCACAAAGGUGUGUGGGGGGGCGGAGUGUGGAUACUUGAACUUGACGGCUUCAUUAUUCGCACAAUCAGGAAGAUCGUUUUGACAAAUCAAUUGCCCUUCUCUGGCCCGCCACUACUCCGCCAUCACUGGCUACGGGAGGUGACGUGGCUUGAGUGUAUAGAGCGCCGUGCCCCAACCGAAACGCGAGUGCGCGGGCGCAAUUGCGCGUCAUUCCGAAGAGCAAACACCUUCACUCAGGGUCGGUGGUUGCAAUUUCCGUUGCACAAUACCGUACCGCCGCACCGACCCGUUUAGUGUUGCAAUUUUACGCAACGCAACGGUGGUGUGUUGGUGUCGGUGGUAUCUUAACAGACCAGAACAAAUGCCAUCCACUGAGCAUCGGACAGACUUAUUGGUAGUCAACGGGAAACCGGUGGAAAUGGAUAUCAAAACGAGCAGGUUAAAAGUUCUUAUAGAAUCGUGAAAUGAAAUAGGUAAAAGUUUGUUUGUUUGUUUGUUUGUUUGUUUGUUUGUUGUUUCUGACCAUUACAUCGAAGAUACUGACGGUGAGGUCAAUGAUGCUAGGAAAAAAAAGAAACCAGCGAUCCCUUUUUUAUUUAUAAUCCAACCAAAACCAUUCGGUGAUAUGCCUUUCUCCAUUCUUCCUGAGUUUUGGGGUACGUGUCAGAGGUGCAUUUACAUCGAACUAUUCCAGUUGAGGUAUUUGUAAAUGCACUAUCUGGUACGACAUUCCAGAAUCGAUAAUCGACGAGCGAGAAACGGGAGAAAGCGAGAACGAUGCACGUAGAAACAGAGUCAGCACUAGCCAACUGCAAGGGUAGAGUGCAGUAGCGUACUUACGCGUCAAGCGCGCACGAUCUCGCGCGUUGAAUCAUCAAACGCGCGGGCUGGAUGCAAUGGACGGCCGUCUCAUUGCGUCCUGCACUGUAGGUGUGUAGGUUAAUAUCGGUGAACAUUUACAUUUACGCCAGUGGCCAUCAACAGCAGUAGCAACAGCAGCAGCAACAGCAGUAGCAGCAGCAGUUGAACAGCAAUAGUCACCAUCUUCGCUAGUACACAGUGUGUUGUCUGUGCCGUUGUCUAUCUAAAUAAAACGUUGUAUUCAGCCAAAACGGCUGCUUACAUCCAUCACAAAUCGGGCACGCAUUUCGUCAUGUGAAUCUGAAAGCAAUUAUUACAAUAAUAAAACAACGCACACAAACGCUCACGCGCAAUCCCUUCACCCUACGCAAAACUGUGUUUGCCUGUGGCCGGUUUACUUGAGUUUGGUUGUUUGUAAAGAAGCGGAAUAAAUAUCACCCCUCCACACCCCUCAUAGAUUGGCUUGGUAUUUUUCUUCGUCUUGCUUUUCUUCCUCCUUCUAACUUCUCGCUCCACGUUCAACACAAACUGAUCAAGAAACUAUCCGAAACGCUAAACGAGCCAAACGGUAAGGUUUGCAGCGGGCACCGCCGAGCGCAUCGGCUGUAGAGCAAAGUCUAUUUUUAAAAGCAUUCUCCAUAGGUUGGUACGAUGGUAGCCCCAGGUGGAGGGGGAGAGAGAGGGGCUAGUUUUUUGCUAGAAAGAAAGAGCAAACUAAUCUAUCUGGGUGGCUGACAUUCGCUCGGGCCAGAUAGUGGACCCAAGAAAAUCUCCCAAAAACAAAAGCUGCACACAGCUUCCUCGCCUAGCGUACACUCCUCCAUCGGGAGAGGAUGCUGCGCUACGUCCCCCCGUGCGAUUGUACUGCACCCCUACUUUUUCGGCCCCAAACAGCAGUCAGCAAAUUACAGGUGGCGGCCCAACGUGGCAAGCGGUCAGGAUUAUUUAUAGCCCCAUCGCCGGGGCCAUCGCCGCACAUGGGAACGAUCGGGUUGCAUUCGCGUUCGCGGCUUUGCAUCUGUGCUGCAGUAUAGCGGCCGCGGUUUGUUGACCGACCUUUCGACGCGCUGCGCUACCCCGACACAUGCGCUCAGCGGGCGCAACCGUGCACCCGAUGCGCAGGCGGCAACUGCCAAGGAAAACCUGCAAACAGCAUCUCCGAAUCACACCGAAGAAAGCGGAGGGCGACAUGCAGUUUCCCAAUCGAAUGGUGAAAUAGACUGGCGAGAGGGACUGAUUUCAUCAUCCAUCGCGGGGGAACCAUCCAGAACGUUUUGAAUAAAAACAAACAAAAAAAUGUACCAACGGUCGGUGCACCGGUGCCGCUCUGACUGCCAAGGGCAACCGCAACGGGAGAGACAUUUGAAUGUCGCCACGCGCAUGUAGAAUGUAGAAUUUAGAACGUAGAACGUAGCGUGAGGACGCUCGAUGAGGUGGAAAUCUCUAUUCUCAGCCCACUCGAUCUCCCCCGCCAGCGCAGGAGGCUGGGGACGAUCAGUAGGCAGAUAGCAGCAGUCCUUGCGCGGGGACGACAUCACCAGCCACCGGUACGGUACGGCUGUGGCAAGGAUCAGUACAGCGGCAACCGUCCCACCGGUAGGUGGCACUUUCUCCAGGGAGCCCAUCAUCGAGGCAAACUCGUUCCGUUCCCUCUACCCUGCUCCGAGGGAGAGGAGGCAAUAUACGCUCUGGCAGUGUGGUUAGCUGGUUGUGUGGUUUUCCCAUCUUCACAGCCACUAUCCGCCCUGCCGUCGCGCUAAUGCCCAAACAUUCGAAACGGACGAACGAACGAACGAAGCGUGCCGUGGCAGUGCUACGCGCCUAAAAGUGUGCUCUGAAAAUGCGUGCGUGCGUGCGUGCGUAGUAGCGUGCCAGCAGGCGUAUGGGCAGUGUGAACCAGUGUUGGAAUGAGCGUUUAAAUUUGAAGAGUGCGAUCGUGUACUAAAAAUGAGAAGCGCCGAUGGGAUAAUAGAAAAAUAAAUAUGACAAAAAGCGA